GACCCUGACCUUGCGCGAAAAAUACUCCGAGGCGGAGCAAGUAACUACAGUUUAAAAAGUCAAAUGUCGUGGGGAGGAACGCCGCAUUAUGGCUAUGGCCAGGCCCCACCCCCACAACAACAAGGUUAUGGUCAGCCAUAUGGUCAAGGUCCACAAGGUGGACAGUACAGGGGACAGACACCCAGCUCAGGGCAAUAUGGUCAAGCACCUGGACAGUACGGUCAACCUCCUCCUGGACAGUAUGGUCAGCAGCCUUGUCAGCAAUAUGGGGCAGGAUAUGGCUAUCAGCAGCAACAGCCUGGUGGAGCGUAUGGCGGUGGGUACCCAGGGGGACAACCCGGAGGGGGCGGUUUUGGAUAUGGUGCAACACCUCCACCCCCUGGGAUAAGCCCAGAUUUGUGGCAAUGGUUUCAGGCUGUUGAUCAGGAUCGAUCAGGCCAGAUCACGGCAAGUGAAUUGCAAUCAGCUUUGGUGAAUGGAAACUGGACACCAUUCAAUAAAGAAACAUGCAGGCUGAUGAUUGGAAUGUUUGACAAAGAUAGAAGUGGGACAAUAGGUGUUCAAGAAUUUGCAGCCCUCUGGAAAUACAUACAAGACUGGAAAAGCUGUUUUGAUGGUUUUGAUGCAGACAGAUCAGGGAACAUUGAUGCCAAUGAACUCAAUAAUGCAUUCCGUACCUUUGGGUAUAAUUUAUCCCCACAGUUUUGUCAGUUGGUAACUCGUGUCUUUGAUCGCAGUGGUAGAGGAGUUAUGAAAUUUGACGACUUCAUUCAAGCAUGUGUGAUGCUUAAGUCAUUAACUGACAAAUUUCGAAUGAAGGACACAUCCCAGCAAGGAGUUAUAAGAAUACACUAUGAAGAGUUUUUGGAGAUGGUGCUUGAUAACACCUUGAAUAGAAUCAGUUGAAAUUAACCUGUUAUCACAGACAAAGAGAAGGGUGACAAAAAUGGAUAUGAUCUGUGCUCUUCAUGGAAAUGAGACUGACAUUGGUUUAUGAUUACAACAAAAUGUGAUAUUUAACAAAGCAAAUAAUUUCAAAUGUAAACUUGACCCAAUAUUCAGAUGAGCACAUGUUGCCACAGAAUCUGGAAAAUCAUUAUUUGAUUCUAGGAUCCAACAUGUUGGGUCCCAGUUUGGUUUCAUCAGUAAGUAUGAAUUUGACCAGAUCAUGCUGUUAAGAAUUUGUCACUGUAAAUGUAUAAGAAGUUUUAAUGGUUGUAAUUGAUGUAAUUAGAAAAAUAAUGAUAACCAUUGUGUUUGUAAGUACAUUUUAUAAUACAUGGAGAUUUAAUACAUGUAUAUACCGGGUAUGCUAUUGAUGUACAGUACCAGUAUUUUCUUGAAUAUUUUUCAUUAUGGAGAUUUUGGAUAAAUGUGAUUUAUUAAACAAGGUUUUGUUU